GCCGCUUCAAUACGAAUAUGAAUGGGUUGUUUAAUGGCGACUGUCAGUUUGCUGUCAAAUCCAAUCCUACCCAUAACAUUUGGCUCUAAUUAGUUUAUUGAUAGUUUACAAAGACUCUUUUAUCUCUUGCACCUUCUUACGGCUGUUCUUUUUGGAUCAAGCGUUCACCAUGGAUCCCCUGAAUCUCUUGGAUGACCGCAUUUCUCAGUUAGAGCAGCGAGUUCUGGGAAAUGGUGGAGCUGCUUCCUCAUCAUUGCGAGGACCAUCAGAUAAACUUCCACUCCUGGAAGCAUUGUCGCAUGCCAGUCAGCUCUUGAACUCCGCUUUGUCAGGGCGUGAGAAAGCUCUUGCUGUUAUGCAGCGAAUCAGUGAAUUAAACCGCUACAUGGAUCCUACAUUUGAAGACUCAACAAUGACGUGUGAGGCAAAACUGGAGAUUAUUUUGGCUCGAGAAAAAGAGCUUCGUCAGGAUUUGUCUAACCUGGAGCAGGCCCAAAGACUCGUCUCCAAUGUCCUGGACAACCAGAAUGCCAUCAGCAGUAUGCAAGCAGUUUCUGGACUUUCAGGUCAGCUUGAAAAAUUGACUUUGAUCACCAUAGACAGCGUUCAGGGUGUUGAGGCUUUAAAUGAGCAAGCUCAAGAUUUGUUUCAACGCUAUAAUAGUAUUGUGAAAGAGCUUACUCGCGCAUUUAUGCUCCUGGAUGAGAUGGUUACAGCGGAGGAAGAAAGAGGCAAGCCUAAGAAAAAAGCUUCAGAUUGAAACAUCAUUGUAAAAGGCUGUAAAAUCUAGCCCUCUAAUUUAUUUUGUUCUCUUUUUGAGAUUUGAUGGGGGUGUUAUAUAUACUGCCAAUGGAAAUUUUUGCCCAUGGUCUCAAUAAGCUUGUAUAUGGACUUGGCAAGUGAGCAAUCACCUAUUUUUUAUGUCUGUGAAACUGUUACUCAAUCUGGCUAAAGUAUCUCACAAGAACUGUCAUUUGCAGUCAAUGUGCUUGAAUAUUUUUGUUGUUUAUCUAUUUGUUUCUGUUGUCAAUUAUAUUCAUGUUAAAAUAUGGAGUCAGUUAAGUGAUAAAAUUGUUAUUUUAGACUUUUGUGCUAGUCUUUUUUGCUUAAUUUAUUGAAUAAUGUUCUAUUGUCACUCAAUGGUGCCCCCGGUCUAAACAAAAUAUUUUUUCUGUCCUUUGUUCUUCUUUUAUGUGAGCGUUUUCAAUUUUUAAAGACUUUGUGCUACAAGAUUUGACUUUGUAAUUUACCUCUAAGAAAGUAUGUUGCCAUUUAAGCAAUUAUAUGAUGACUCAAGAGGGUGAUAAAGUAGUUUGUAGUAUUACUCAUUCUGUGGCCUCCCUCAGGCUGUUCGGCAACCAACUUCCUAGAUUUUGUAUUGGUUAGAUCUUUCCAUUUAAUUUAUGUAAAAAGAGAAAAAUCAAUCAUUCAUUCCAUAUGUUUUAUUCUGUGUGUCUAUGUGUGUAUGUGGAGAGUAGAACUCUGCUCGCUUGUUACUCUCCACUUGUAACAAUUUUAAACUGCCAUGUUGCGUGUAACUUGUAAAUCUUUUUACAAAAUUUUUCAUACUUUCUCUCUUUAAAAUGAAGCAUAAGCUUGCUAUGUUCUGAGUAAAACCACGGAGAGUAGAGGUGUAAAAUUAAUUUCUGACUAAAGAAUGCGAUGAACACUGAUGUUCAGAAUGCCUAGGGCAUUCAAGCAUUCAAAGGGAUCUUUGUGUUUCAAUUAAAUUAAACAAGAAAACGUUUAUUAAA